GCCUGUCGCGGGCGCGCCGCGGCGGCCGCCGCUUUGCAGCUCAAGUGCGCGGGCCUCUCGCCUCGGAGGCCGGCGGCACGGACGCGCUCAUUUCUACCUGAUGGCCUCGGCGUGGCACUUGUCGAUGUGGUGCCCCAGGCGAUCAGGGAAGGCCCAAUGACUCCGGGAAUACCCAGGGACAUCGACACGGAACUCCGAAGGGUUCCAGACAGCAGCGCGAGAUGACAGAGGGCAGCCUAGGAGCCCAGUGCGACAGGCACUUCACCGAGAGCCCUCCAAUUCGAUGACCAUGGAGGCAAACCGCACGACUUGCAACCCUGCAAAGUACAGGGUCAGCAGUAUCGUCUGGGUGGCCGGCAUCCAGUGCAGCCUCGCAGUGGUCGCUUUCCUGGGGAACCUUCUUGUCAUCGUGUCCGUGUGCCGGUGCACCCGACUUCGCACGAUCACCAACUACUUUGUGCUGAGUCUCGCCUGCGCGGACCUGCUGGUCGCACUCAACGUCCCUUUCUAUGACGCUUUCUACUUUUUCGAGCAUCUGUCGUGCCACAGAAGGCUUUGCAUGUUCCGCUACUGGUUCGCUACGUACUCUACCGCCUGUUCCUCCUUCAGCCACCUGGGCGUCGCCGUUGACCGGUACGUGUCCGUGGUGCAUGGCAUAUCGUACCACCGCCUCAUGCGAUACCGACUUGCCGCCGGCUACAUUGUCUGCGUGUGGAUCUCAUGCCUGCUGUACAGCCUCUUGCCUUACAUGGGCAUCGGCGACAACAAGGACUAUCCGUUAGCCCUGGAUGUCGUUCAUGUCGUCUGCGAUCUGACUUAUGUCUACUCCCGCAUCUACAUCCUAGUGACCGUGGGCAUCUCGACGGUUGGCACGACCCUGACUCUGGUCUUAUACUUCUUCGUGUUUCGCGCCUCGUGGAAACACUUGAAAGCGGUGGCGUCCACCAGCGACGCUCACCACCGAGUCAGGCAAGAGGCCCGCACCGCGUGCACCAUGGCGCUGGUGUUGGCUGUGUGCAUACUGGGUGUCCUUCCCUACUCCGUCAUUGUCCUCAUUCCGUUCUUCGUCGACGUGAGCACGAGCCUGCAGGUUCACGUAAAGCCGUACGUGAUCUGUCUGUUUUUCGGCAAAUCAUCUCUGAACCCCGUCAUAUACGGAUGGAAAGCUAAGGAUUUGAGGGCUGCCUUCCGCGACAUUUUGUGCCCACGAAAAUCGAACGGUGCGAGGCCAACGUGAGUGCAACAUUACCGUGACGAGUUGUUGGUGUCAUUUCUGCAAAGGAACGAGGACCGUUACAAGAGAAGUGUUGCUUUUCAGCAGCCUGAAGCCCUUCACGUGGGUAUAGUGUCGUUCUUAGUAUACCCUGUAAAAAUACCCUCAUGUGCAAUAGGAAAUAGAGCAGCAAGUUUGCAUUCAUUGAUGAAAAUAGUCUCCCCAGCCGAAAUGGAUUAUUGUCGAAUGGCAGGUCAAUAAAAGCUGGCUGGUGUUCCAGUAUUAAGGUUUUAACUGAAUACAAAUGACAAUGGGGAUGAAGCGAUGCUGCAAUUAGAUUCGAAAAUUCUACUUAAGUGCAUUUCGAUUAUACUCAUCCGAUAAAAGUUUGAAUCUGACAUGAAAAUAUUUAGCGAUAACAUUUUCUCUAUAAUUUCGCGAACAUGAUGGAACACUUUUCUAUUUGACGAAGAUGUAAAACCUGUUUCUUUUCCCAGAUAGCGGGUGUAGCCCGUAAUAUUGCACGUCACCAUACAGCAAAACACUGUGAGACAUUAAAACCUCCAAUCGACGUCCGUAGUCACCCAAAGUGAAAAGUUGCAUAACAUCAUAGUUGACAUCUGAGUCACUUACGACAGAGCCUCAGUUACGAAGAAACGAGAUUAAAGGAACGAUCUCACUUCAUUAACAUCUGCAGUGUUUCACUUGCAACCGUGUCGUUUAUCGAGUGUACCUUGGACCAAAAUAAAGUAUGCCUAUUUA